AUGUUGGAAGAUGACGAUGAUGAUUUUGAUGAUGUUAAGUUGUUAGAAAGGCUUAAUAAUGAGAGGUUGAUUCAUAGAACAUAUAGAGGAGGAGGAUGGCGUCAUGUUCAGCUACUAAUGCAUGGAUCAGACCAACAGUGCUAUGAUAUUCUACGGAUGAAUCAAAGAACGUUUGAAGCAUUAUGCAGGAUGCUUACUACGAGAUAUGGUUUAGAAGAGAACAGAGAUAGAGGUUGCAAUGUUCACACUGAAGAAGCAGUUGCUAUGUUUCUUGAGAUGGUUGGUCAGGAUAAAACCGUGAGAGAGAUUGCUGUAAGGUAUCAAAUAUCAUUGGAUACAGUGAAGAGGAAACUUGAUGAAGUUUUAAGCGUUAUUCUGAAGUUUGCAGCAGAUACGAUAAAACCGGGAGAAGGAGAAUUCACAAGGGUAAGCUCAGUUCUGAGAAAUGAUGAUCGAUAUUGGCCAUAUUUUAAGGAUUGCAUUGGAGCACUUGAUGGAACACACAUCCCAGUUCGUCCUCCAAGUACAAAUGCAGAAGCUUACAGAGGAAGAAAAUUGGAACCAACUAUGAAUAUCCUUGCUAUAUGUAACUUCGAUAUGAAGUUCAUAUAUGCAUAUGUUGGAGUACCAGGUAGAGCACACGAUACAAAUGUGUUAACUUAUUGUGCGAAGAAUGAAGUUUCUUUUCCACAACCGCCAAAUGGGAAGUAUUAUUUGGUUGACUCUGGAUAUCCCACAAGGACAGGGUAUCUUGGCUCGCAUCAUAGUGUUAGAUAUCACCUUGAUCAGUUUACUAGAGGAAGACCACCACAAAACACGCGAGAGUUGUUUAACAGGAAACAUUCAGGACUACGAUCAGUGAUUGAGAGGACUUUUGGAGUUUGGAAAGCAAAAUGGAGAAUCUUAGAUCGUAAGCAUCCUAAGUAUGGGUUGGCUAAGUGGAUCAAGAUUGACAAUUCUUGGGUUUACCCCUAG